AUGCGCAUUCUUCCAUAUCUUGCAUUGAUUGGCUUGGCCUUUGCAGAGGACGGCCUCAGCGGAUGGCUACGAUAUGCUCCUUUGCCUUCCUCGGUGUCAUGGCCGUAUAUUCCACACAACAUCGUCGUUUUGAACACCACAAAGACUAGUCCAGUCUACACAGCAGGCCAGGAAUUACAACGGGGUAUUCAGAGUAUCCUCGGUCAAGACUGUUAUGUAUCAUCUGACAGCACGCACGAGUCCAUCAUUGUUGGCACUCUCGAUGCAUACGUUAAUGCUUAUGGCAAUCUUUCUCAGACUGUUGAUCUCAAGGAAGACGGCUUCUGGCUUAGCACGGAAGGCAACACUGUCCAGAUCCUGGGUCAGAACGAGCGAGGCACAUUGUACGGAGCUUUCGAAUACCUAUCAAUGCUGGCACAAGGAAACUUUUCAUCUGUCGCAUAUGCAUCCAACCCCGACGCUCCGAUUCGCUGGGUCAACCAGUGGGAUAAUCUGGAUGGCAGCAUCGAACGCGGAUUUGGUGGCGCUUCUAUCUUCUUCGCUAAUGGAUCUAUCGUUGACGACUUGACUCGCGUCGCAGAAUAUGCUCGUCUAUUGGCUUCUGUAGGCAUCAACGCCAUCGUUGUCAAUAAUGUGAACGCAAAUUCAACAAUUUUGACUCCCGACAAUAUCAACGGCCUUGGUCGUAUCGCCGACACAAUGCGACCUUAUGGUGUACAGAUUGGUCUAUCUCUAUACUUCGCUUCCCCAACACAAGGCGUCAAGGGCCAAGCGAACCUCACGACCUUCGACCCUCUCGAUUCAGAAGUUGUCACCUGGUGGACGAACGUGACUUCCCAGAUCUACGACGCGAUUCCAGACAUGGCUGGUUAUCUGGUCAAAGCGAAUUCAGAAGGCCAACCGGGACCUAUCACCUACAAUCGCACCCUCGCAGAAGGAGCGAACCUCUUCGCAAAAGCUGUGCAGCCGUAUGGUGGUAUCGUGAUGUUUCGCGCUUUUGUGUAUAACCAACUCAACGAAAGUGACUGGAAGGCUGAUCGUGCGAACGCCGCCGUUGAUUUCUUCAAACCUCUGGAUGGAGAGUUUGAUGAUAAUGUUGUCGUGCAGAUCAAGUAUGGACCUAUUGAUUUCCAAGUCAGAGAGCCCGCGAGCCCGUUGUUUGCGAAUUUGAGGAAGACUAGUAUGGCGGUCGAGUUGCAAGUCUCGCAGGAAUACCUAGGUCAGCAGACUCAUCUGGUCUACCUGCCGCCGCUUUGGGAGACUGUGCUGGGUUUCGAUAUGAGGGUUGACAAUGAGACCUCACUGGUCAGGAAUAUACUUGCAGGCAGGACUUUCGAGCGUUCACUUGGUGGUUAUGCCGCUGUCGUCAAUGUCGGAACCAAUCAGACGUGGCUGGGAAGUCAUUUGUCCAUGGCAAACUUCUACGCAUAUGGAAAGCUUGCUUGGGAUCCUACUCAAGACACGACGAAGAUUCACGAGGAUUGGACACGUUUGACCUUCGGCCUGGACCAGAAUGUCAUCGACACUAUUACUCAGAUGGCUGUCGAAUCUUGGCCGGCGUAUGAGAACUACAGCGGCAAUCUCGGCAUUCAGACAUUGACCGAUAUCCUCUACACUCACUUCGGACCCAACCCGCAAUCCCAAGAUAACAACGGCUGGGGACAAUGGACACGCGCAGAUCACGACACUAUCGGAAUGGACCGCACUGUCUCCAAUGGCACAGGCUUCUCAGGCACCUACCCACCCCAAAUCGCAGCCAUGUACGAAAACAUCUCAACCACACCUGACGACUUACUCCUCUGGUUCCACCACGUUCCCUACACGCAACGCCUCAAAUCAGGGAAAACAGUAAUCCAGCAUUUCUACGAUGCCCACUACGCCGGUGCAGAAACCGCUCAGACAUUUGCUGCACGCUGGCAGAGCUUGCGAGGCAAAAUUGACGAUCAGAGGUUUGACGAACAACUAUACCGUCUCAAAUACCAAGCCGGUCAUUCCAUCAUCUGGCGCGAUGCCAUUGUAGAUUUCUACCACAACAUCUCCGGAAUCGCCGAUGACCACAAUCGCGUCGGCAAUCACCCUUGGCGCAUAGAAGCUGAAGACAUGGACCUGAAUGGCUACAAAAUCUACACCGUCAAUCCAUUCGAAACGGCAUCCAAACAUCACGCUGUAAUAACCUCUUCAAACUCCACUGUUGGCUCUAUAUCCACCACCUUAUCUUUUCCUCCCGGAAAAUACAACAUCGGUGUCAAUUUUUAUGAUUUAUACGGUGGAAAGUCGAGGUUUGAGAUUCGGGUUGGUAAUGUGACGGUCGGGAUGUGGAAAGGGGAUAGUGAGGAUUAUCUUGGUCAUACGCCUUCUAUUUAUUUGGACGGGCAUUCGGCGAGGAGGAUUACAUUUGGAAAUGUUGAUGUUAGGGAGGGGGAUUUGUUGGAGAUUGUGGGUAUGCCGGAUGGGAUUGAACCUGCGCCGGUGGAUUAUGUGGUUUUCUUGCCGGAGGGGGUGCUUGAUUGA